AUCAACGUUUAGUGUAUUUAGUAUCCACACAAACCUAAAUAUCAAGCAUCUGUCACUCCGUGACACCCUACGAUCUCUCUAUUCUUCUAGUGUUUCCUCUAUCACACAACUAGGAAAAUGUUGGUCGCUAAGCGCAAUGCUGUUCAGGUUCGUGCAUCUGGUAGUGCUGCACUGUCUAUGAGCCGCUCGGCGGCAAGGUCUGUGGCAGUGUCUUCGCGCAUCGCUCUGUCCUCUUGGGACGAUUGCCGGCAGACGGCGUCGUCCCUCGCUCAGUCUGCUCCCAAGUUGCAAAAUACUUCAAAUGCUCCCCGGCGUAAGCCAGUGACAAUGAUGGGCAACAAGGCUACGACUGGUCCUUUUGCGCCUCUUGUGGUUGUUGUGCGGGGAGCGAUAGGCGAGAAGGAAUUUAACCAGUUCCGUGGCAAGGCUAUUUCUCUCCACUCACAGGUGAUCAAGGAUUUCUGCAAGCUCCUUGGUGUUGACAACAAGCAGGUUCAGGGCGUGAUUCGCCUCGCCAAGAAGAAUGGCGAGAAGCUGGGCUUCCUGGCAUAAGCAAGAUAGUUGUACCUGGGUCGGCGACCGGAUGAUGUGUAUUCAACAGAGCGUUGAUGGCCGUGCCCAUACCUGCGAGCAUACCAAUGAUGCAUGACAGCAAUCAAAUGAUAGUGCGGUGGCGAGGGUUUCCUUCCAAUGCAUAUGUAAAAUGGCAGGGCGGAAGGGAAGGGCUAAUUUUGUUACGUGGAAUAGGGAGGAUAACUAAACUUAUGAGAGGGUGGGGAAUUACGCUGACGCAUUGUCAAGUGGAGCGAAGUGGAAGAGUGGUUGCGAUGGAGUGUGUUGCGAUUUGAAAAAACAAAACUGUUCCAUAUUCGCAGAACGUGCUGCGAUAAGCAAGCAGGUCUUAACGUCAAGAAUGUUGAAAGUAUUUUGACGCUACUAAGGACUGUCGCGCUGGUUUCAUUAUUUCGAGAGGUUGCGAUUCGGAUUGGGAUUGACUGGCAGCGGUUGCAAGGGGAAUCGCUGUGCCGCGUGUGGUCGUGCAUCUGUGUGCUGAAGACGCUAGAUGUGAGUGUGUCUCAUUUUAUCCGUUUACCCACUGUGUGCUGUGAUGCGCACCGUUGAUGGUUGGGGUGCGGUGGUUUCGAUAUAGUGCAUUUUAAGCUUUGCGCUAGGAUUAGGCAGAAAGAUGAUUUAACGUGAAGUAGACAGCCAAAGUUCGUUCUUGCUCCGCUGGGGCUUUAGAAGUGGCCAUGCUCAUGUUUUUUGUAAAACGGCAACUAUUUACU